AUGCCUCGGAAAAGCACUAGGAACCUUAAUCAUAGGAUUGAAAAGGAUAAGGUGUAUGACUCUACAUCAAUUACAGAACUUUCAAGACUAAAUGAAAUUUCAUCGCAUACAGCGGCAGCUGCAAUGUUGCAAGAUAUCUCAGGUACCAACGAUGACAGUGGCUCUAGAAGAUCCAGAAGAACAUCUUCUAUGAAUAUUGAGGCAGCAAUGACAAGCUUUCUGCAAGGAAAAGAUUAUGAUAAUAGUAUUGUAAAGGAUUUGGACGAAGAUUUUGUUCCCGACCAAGAUGUGGAUAUUAGUGACAGUUAUGAUAACAUAAACGUUUCAUUGAAGAAUAAUGACAAUACAGAUACAUCAAUUUUACCGGUUCGCUCUAAGAAAGUGAAGCCAAUUAGUGCUAUCUCAGCUCAAAAAACUGGCAAGCGGGGGAAUACUAAUGUAAACACAAAUGAUGUUUCAGAUGGCACAGCUCCGACGAAAAAGAAGAAACCCGCUCGAAUUAUUCGAGCUAUGAAAGAUUUAUCAUCCGCUCAAGAUAAAUUAGUUCGCAUCUAUGGAAAUAAUAGAGAGAAAUUACUGGGUUUAGCUAAGUUAAAGGAGGCCUUUGAGACACAUGUCUUCGAUUUCCCAGAGGAGUUAUUAAAAUCUACUUCGAAAUACUAUGUUGAGCCACAAAAUAUAUUACAAGGAAUUGACUUUCGACUUCUUGGUCUAAAAUCGCUGAAAUACCGGACUUUGGCUCUUAGUGAAUUCAAUUCGAAGUUUCCGUUAGUUUCUGAAGAUCCGAAGCAUAUCUUGGUGUCAGGCUCAGAAUUAAGCUUGUAUAAUGGUCAGAAAGCAGAAUUUCCAAUAAUGCCAUGUGGCACAAGGACAGGUUUUAUCUACAACGUAGGCGGACUUAUUACCGAUAUUGCAUGGCUCAAAACACAUGAAGCAGAUGGGCAAAUCCUAGCGGUGGCAUAUUCAAACAUAGAGAGUGCGGACGAUAUGAGACUCCGGAUGAUAGGGUCCGAAAGUCAUACCUCUACAAUAGAUAUUUUUGAGUUGGAUACAGAUACACUGAGCUUUACCAAAAUCCAAACUAUUGUACACAAUUAUGGUGAAGUUUGGGAUUUGAAAUGGCAUGAAGGUUUUCACUCAGAAAAUUCAAUUGGACUACUUGGUUUUGUCUGCCAACAGGGAUCAGUAAACUUCAUUGAAAUUCAGAGGACUUUAGAACCAGAAAUUAGAAUGAUUGAAGAGUCCUCGCUUGAAGUAAAACUGAGUUCCUCUCAGAUAUCGUGUUUCGAUUUUAUAUCCUCUUCUACUAUCAUAUGUGGGUUUUAUAAUGGGUAUGUUGGUGAGUUCCAACUGGGAGAAGAAGUACCGAAUUUUUAUAAUAAGCUACACGAGACAUAUGUCCUUUCAAUCGUGGUCGCGUAUUCACCCUAUGAAGAGACGGUCGUAUGCAGCGCAUCUGUCGAUGGGACCACUUAUUUGUACAAUACUAUAAGUAUUAAGACCACUAAAUGCACACUUUCUAGAAACAGAGGUACUAAUAUUAGUCCCAUGGCAUAUGCGCCACUCCUAUAUUCUAUUGUCCAUACUGACGGAGUAAGCUGUUUAAGAGCAUUUACUCCCAGAGCUAUUUUUGCAACACACCAGAUAAGUCAACAUAAAAACAAUAUCGGUUGUAUUGCAACCUCAAGGUUGCACCCUUAUCUCCUUUCUGGAUCAGCAGAUGGCUCUGUUGUGUUAAAUAAUUUGGUGCGACGUAUCUUGCAGGGUAUCAAAGGAAAUACAGAGAUAUAUAAAAGCGUACGAUUAUGGAAAUGGGACUAUAACGUUAGUUCAAACAUAUUCCGCUUAGAUCCUAACUAUGAGGUCAAUAAAUUCGCAAUGAACGAGAUAUCUAAUACUAGGAUUGAUCCAACCCCAGUCAACAUCCAAUCCAUUAAAUGGAACGAAAACAAUAAUGGAGGAAAAUUUUACGCAUUCGCCAAUGCAGCUGGUCUUCUGGUAGUCGAGAAACUCGGUGACUAA